UCAGACAUUAUUAUAAGUUCUCUGGUUCUCUGCGACUGUUGGCUCUUUGUUGACUUGGAGUCGAAUCGAAUUCUUAAUUAAAAAGUAAUUAUAUUUCAAUAAACUCUUAUUUUUUGUCGAAAGCUGUAAAGACGUUAAAAUGGGCAAAGGUUUUAACAACUACAUGUGUAAAAAAUUCUUUCACCCAGCUUCUCGCGACAAUUUAAAACGAGUAUGGAUGGCAGAACAGCAAGCAGAAGCUUACAAGAAAAAACAGGAAGAGCUGCGCACGCAAUAUGAGAAGGAGCAAAAUUUACAUGAAAACAAAGCUAUGCUGAGCAAGGACAGCAAGGAUAAACUGAGUGUGAACUUCAUGUACGAACCGCCGCCUGGAGUACGAAAAGAGCGUGAGAAGGACACUACUGAACCUGAGUAUAAGUUCGAAUGGCAGCGCAAGUUUAAUGCGCCUCGUGAGUCCUACUGUAAAGGUGACACAGAAAUUCGUGAUCAACCAUUUGGCAUACAGGUGCGCAAUGUACGUUGUAUAAAGUGCCAUAAAUGGGGGCACAUAAACACCGAUAAAGAGUGUAGCAUGUAUAGCAUUUCAAUGAGUGAAGCACGCAAACUACAUUCCGAAGCCGAAGCAAGUGAGAUGAUGGCGAAAAAUGUGCUGGAGGAGCAAAUGAAGGAAGAUGGGUUGGUGAUGAAAAAAUCUGCCUUAGAGCUGCAAAAUAUUAAACAAACUCAUCAACUACAUAAGUUGGUGCCUAGUGACGAAGAAGAGGGUGAAAAGGAAGAUGGGAAAGAUGCAAACACCGAAUUAACAUUUCUGAAAUCACUUAGCAAGGAACAAAAGAUGGAACUGCUAAAAAAAUUAGAAAAAAUUGAAAAAUUAAAAAAGAAAAAGGAUAAGAAAAAGCUGAAAAAAAAUAAAGCGCUCAAGAGUAAGAAAGAAAAGAAAUCAAAGAAAAAACAUUCAAAGAAAUCAAGCAGUAGCAGUGGAAACUACUCCGAUGAAGAUGAAGGACACAAGUCUCCAAAAAGAAAAUUUAAAAAUGUUGAACAAAAGAAAAAAGAAGAUAAGAAAAAGAAGCGUUAUAGUGAAUCCAGCGAUGAUUCUGAGUCAUCUUCUGAUUCUUCCAGCUCUGAAUCAGAAUCUGAGGAACUUUUGAGGAAAGAAUCAUUCAGGCACCGAGACAGCCGCUCGCGUGACGAACAAAGUAGGAAUAAUAAUCGGUCUUCCGAAAAGUACAGCAGACGUGAAGGCAUUAGGGGAAGAAGCGCAGAAAGAUCUUUAAGGAAAGAGCAAAGCACUUCCAGAGAGCGCCAACGUUCUAGUUUUUCUCACGAUACUCGUAAAGCAAGUCAACAAACCAGAAACCACCGCUAUCGCAGUCGUUCAAAAGAUAGAGCUGACAAGCGCACUAAGGAUGAUCGUCGUAAUCGCAGCAGAUCAACUGAAAGACGGCGUGAGCGCAGUAGAUAAUUCGCGUGUUGGUGAAAUACUCUCAAUACCCUUCGUAGGAUUCGAGAUUUUAAAAUUAAUGUUUAACUUUUGAAAUAGCCGUCAAUUAAUAAACCAAUAAAAAAACUUCCUUUCGUAACAAG